UAGGUCUACGGUACUAUGUACCUACGUAUAUCUGUUAAAUUUUGCACACAUGCUACUGUGCAGGACAAGUGGUCCAUUAAACCUGCCUCGGUCUGGUUUGUUCGAGCCGCGAGCGCUACAGUACAUGGAGGUCAUUGUGCCCAACGGCACCGUGGAAUGGCGUGCAUCAUUUCCAGGCGAAAGCCAGCUAGCACUGGAGGUGGCCGUAUGCCACUACCCACUUUCCUGCCCAGGACUCAGGGAUUCGCAGACUCGGAAGGUGGCCGUACGGGUGGUGUGUGCCAGACAUGUGUCUACCCUGCUGUUCGCGCCUCGGUCCCGGUGGCAUGUGUCUGUGUCUGCAACGUGUUCCUCAUGCCGCUUCCUCUCACAUCCAGCUCGCACUCAGUCCGUGUUCAUUCACAAGGUGCAUCGCUAUGUCCGCCCUGUCUGGGCUACCCAGCGCCCUUUUCAUCGUACAAGCUGACCGUGGUUUCAGCAGCUACAUAGGACGUCUUCACCCAGUGGUAUUCAGCACGGAUGCGAUGUAAUGGAUGCGACGCACUGCCGCCGUGUCAUAUCCGUUCCUCCAGAGCUUCAGAGGUCCCAAUAAAGAUUAGACUUUCCAUGGGAAACACCAGACUACGACAGCUGCAGCAGG